AUGAAGAUCGCUUCAUUUAACGUUCAGAGAUUUGGACUGGCAAAAAUUUCAGAUCCUAAAGUUCUUUCGACGCUUGUCAAGAUUGUCUCUCGUUACGAUAUCAUAGUGAUCAUAGAGGUGACAGAUGUUACUGGAGAUUCUGUGGACCUUUUCCUCAAGGAGUUAAACAUGGCUAACACAGAAAAUCACUACACCGCUAAAUUAAGUUCCCGUCUUGGUCGGACACGUUACAAAGAGCAGUUCCUGUUCCUCUACAGGGAUUCCUUGGUGGAUCUGGUUGAUUCUUAUCAGUAUGAAGAUAACCAGGCUGGAGAUCAUGAUGUUUUUGCCAGGGAACCUUACAUCCUACGCUUCAGAUCCCAUCACACAGUUCUGAAGGAUCUGGUUCUGAUCCCGGUCCACACAAAACCAGAUGACUCUGUGAAGGAGCUGGAUGAACUGUAUGACGUCUUUCAGACUGUGAAGCGCAAAUGGAACACAGAUAAUAUAAUGAUUUUGGGGGACUUCAAUGCUGAUGGGUCAUACGUCUCUGAGAGAAGGAUGGACGACAUCCGUAUCAGAAGCGACUCAAACUUCCACUGGCUGAUCGGUGAUGAUGUCGACACUACCGCAAACAUAACAAAUGACCACACCUACGACCGGAUUGUAGUUUACGGAGAUGACAUGCUGGAAGCCGUGGUACCAAAUUCCGCGCGUCCCUUUAACUUCCAUAAGGAGUUUAAUUUGACUAAAGGACCUGGUAAGUCCACUGCGCUAAAAGUAAGCGACCACUACCCUGUGGAGGUGGAGUUACGCUGUGAAUCUCCCCAUCAGGCCAGAACUCAAAAACGACGGAGCGCAAGCCAAAAUUUACACAACCCAGGGUUCUAUAGCGAGGUUGCUGUUCCGGCAGGUUCUAGGAAUGAGACACUGCUCACUGAGGUGCUGGAGUUGAAGAAAGCGAAGUUGUUACUGGAGAGCGAGAAACUCUCUCUAGAGAUCCGAAAGCUCAAAAACAAAUCUGAGUAA